AUGAAACUGUCAAAGGAAGAUAAGAAAACCAUCCCUAUCUGGGUGAAAUUUUAUAAUAUUCCUUUGGAAUAUUGGGAUGGGGAUGGUUUAGGUAGAAUAGCUAGUGCUGUGGGUGUUCCACUGUUUAUGGAUCAACUUACCUCUUCGGGAAGUAGAAUCUCUUUUGCUAGAUUGUGUGUGGAUAUCUCAGCUGAAUCGGCUUUUCCAGAUAGUUUUCUCCUUACUGAUGGUGAUAUCUCUAUGAAUAUCCAUGUGGAGUACCAAGGGGUACCCUCGAGAUGUACGCACUGCCAUGGUUUUGGCCAUGAGACUAAGACAUGCCUAUCUGCUCAAGUAACACACCUAAUUGAGUUACAAAAGAAUUCUGAAGAAAGGGUUGAAGAUGAUGGGGGGUGGACCACAGUUAAAGAUAAGGGCAAAAGGAAAGUAGGGGAUCCAUCUUCUCCUAUCAACAUUGUCCCUACUGAAGCUAACAAUUCAUCUGCUACUAAGGGGGAUGACCUAAUUCCUGAGGUUCAAUCUGAGGGGGAUGCUCUCCAUCCUGUGGUUGAAGAAAUUGCUGAAUUUGCUACUGACCAAAUUGAUCCUCCCUUUCCUGAGGUUGUAGAAAUUGCUAACCCAGCAGCUGAGGAAGUUAUCAAGAAUGCGGGGAAAGAGGAAAUGAGAGCAAGUUCUCCUGAAAUGCAGGGAGGAAAGGAGGAUGGGGGGCUCAAAGUGUGCAGCUCAACCAAGAAGAAGUCUUCUGGCAAAUCAGGAAGCCAGAAGAAGAAAAAGAGGGGGUUUAACAACCCCUCAAAACAUAAAGAAGUUACUGAUUUUGUUAAAAAAGAAGAUAUUAAAAUUAUGAGCAUUUUGGAGACAAAGUUAAAAUGGAGAAUGAAGCUAAACUUUUUGAAAAAAGCUUUAAAAAUUCGCAAUUUUUGUCGAAUUCACAACCAGAUCUGCCAGCUAGAAUUUGGGUUUGCUGGGAUCCAAAUUUCUGUGAUAUCUUGA